AUGUCACGUGGGGAUAAGGAAUGUUAUAAGGUACAACAAGCACAGCUUAAUUUACUCGUACUACCUGGGAUUUGGAGAGAUCAUGAAUGUAAAGAAUCAUUGAAUAAAGCAUAUGUAGACGGUCAAGAUGUUUCUGAUAUAAGGGAUAUUUUAUGUACUAUGGAGAAGUCUGACGGAGCUCUUUGUGGCGGGGACAGUGGAGGAGGUCUAAUUGGGCAAUUUGAAGAUGCCAGUUUUGGAGGGGGGAAAAGAUGGUUCCUUCUCGGUGUGGUUUCUUUCGGUAUACCUUGUCAAAAUACCCAUUUCGGAUAUGCUCUUCCUAAUGCUCAGGCUAGUUUGCUUUUAAAAUGA